AAACCCUCCCUUAUUAGGCAACCCCCGCGCUUUUCUCUCAAUCUUUUUCUUCUCCCCUCGAUUCAUUUUUACAAAUCUCGUCCACAAAAGUUCCCAAACGUUCUCAUUCUCUCACCCAAUUCCCCGCAAAAACCCAAUCUAGGAGACUGGGAUUUUCCUCCUCUUCCUUUCAGAAUGGUGGUGUUUUGAUCAUGUGAUGAGACUUUUUGGUCUCUGAAUCUCAUGAAAACUUUACACCACCACCAUCUUCUUUUCUUUUCUCUUCAUUUUAUAAAUUUCGAGCUCAUCCUUCUCCAUUCUAUUUCUCCAUAUCCGCACUCUAAUCUCUUUACUUUAGUUCAAUUUUUUUUUUCUUAUGGCACUUGGUAAAUGGGUUUUGCAUUUUGCAUGCGUUAUGCUCCGGGGUCAUUUCCCUGUUUUCUGAUUGUGGCUUGAAGGGUCGUUUUCCUGAAUGUUUAAGUUUAUUUCUUUAAGAGAUAAUGAUUCUGGGUCAUUAAUCUUUGGUCGGAUAAUGACGAGAAUUGAGUCGCUUUUGUUAGGGUUUACUUUUAUAUUUUAAUUAAUUUAACUAUUAGAUUUAAAAAAGAAUAUAUGAUUCUGUUCAUGGUGGAAAAAUUGUGGUUUUAAACUAUGAAAUGUUAAUUUUAUCGUACUACUACAGAUAUUCAAGCAAGGGUGUCUGGUAUUUCUUAUAGGUAGUAUUUUUGCAUAUUUUGAUUUUUGCGUUGUGGGGUCAAAACUCGAGGGAGUAGGAAUUUGAAGAGGAAUAGAAGUCGGCUUUCCGAUUUCUUAUGGGAUCAGUCUGGUUCUUCUAUUAUUUGGUUGCUGUAUGAUCUCGCAUAACUUUCUGUGAUUUUAAUUUUAUUAUAGUUUCUUUUUUCUUGGUGAAUUUCGAUUUUGAUCAUUCGCCUUCGAUGAGUUUUGAUUCAAAUUCAACAACUCUAAUUAUUAUGACGAAAUAUUGAAAUCCAUUAUUCUUAAUCUUGUUGUUCUAUCUUAACGAGCAAAGAAAUACAUCUGUAUUUAUGUUUUCUUUCUGAAUUUUCGUUUGUUUGAAGGUGCCUUUGGUUUUUGUUUUCUUCUUUCUCUAUUCAAUAAUUCUAGUGAGUUUUCUGGGUUUGAGAAUGAAUUUGGAAACAAGUGGAGAAACUGGUGUGGAAACACCAAAGACAUCAGAAAGCCAAGAGGGAAAAGUGAAUUCCAAGCUGAAACCAAGUGUUAGCAGCAAAGACAUGAUUUUUCGAGCUGAUAAAAUUGAUUUAAAGACAUUGGAUAUGCAAUUGGAGAAACACUUGAGCAGAGUUUGGUCCAGAAACAUUGAGAAUCAAAGGCCAAGAGAAGAAUGGGAGAUCGAUUUGUCGAAACUCGAAAUGAAAAAUGUUGUUGCUCAUGGGGCUUAUGGGACUGUAUACAGAGGGACUUAUGAUGAUCAAGACGUUGCAGUGAAAGUGUUGGACUGGGGAGAAGAUGGUAUUGCCAGAUCGGCUGAAACUGCUUCCCUUCGGGCCUCAUUUCGGCAAGAGGUUGCUGUUUGGCAGAAGCUUGACCAUCCUAACGUUACAAAAUUUAUUGGAGCUUCAAUGGGAACUUCCAAUCUUAAGAUUCCAACAACUAAUAGUGAUCAAAAUCCUCUUCCUCCCAGAGCAUGUUGUGUUGUUGUGGAAUAUCUAGCUGGUGGAACAUUAAAACAAUACUUGAUAAGAAAUAGGCGAAAGAAACUUGCAUUGAAGGUUGUAAUUCAACUUGCUUUAGACCUCUCCAGAGGCCUCAGCUAUCUUCAUUCAAAGAAAAUUGUACAUCGUGAUGUCAAAACAGAAAACAUGUUGCUAGAUACUCGCAGAACUUUGAAAAUUGCUGAUUUUGGUGUUGCUCGUGUCGAAGCUCAGAAUCCACAGGACAUGACUGGUGAAACUGGUACUCUUGGAUACAUGGCCCCAGAGGUACUCGACGGUAAGCCUUAUAAUAGAAGAUGUGAUGUAUACAGCUUUGGCAUAUGCUUAUGGGAAAUUUAUUGCUGUGAUAUGCCUUAUCCUGAUCUUAGCUUUGCGGAUAUCUCAUCUGCAGUUGUUCGACAGAAUCUGCGACCGGAGAUUCCAAGAUGCUGUCCGAACUCUUUAGCAACUAUAAUGCGGAAAUGCUGGAACGGAAAUCCAGAAAAACGACCGGAAAUGGACGAGGUGGUGAGAAUGUUAGAAGCAAUUGAUACAAGCAAGGGAGGAGGGAUGAUACCUGAAGACCAGGCUACCGGCUGUUUCUGCUUUACUCCUAUUCGUGGUCCUUGAUCCUAUGCAAACUCUUCGAUUCUUUUCUUGAGGAUUUUGCUUCAGCCCGAAAACAUGUUUGCAUGAAUUUAUCAGCUUCUACUAUGGAUAGGUUUUUGUUUUAUUUUUCUUUAAUUGCAACAAAUGCCUUUCUCACAAUUAGUCAAAUCUAGAUUUGUUUUUUAUUUACAGGGAGAAGGCUUUCAAAUAUAUAUGUAAGGAAAAAAAAAACCUACAUUCCAUGUUUGAUUCCAGUUACUAGUGGAAUAUAAUGAAUGAGCAAGUGAUUGACAUCUUAAACAA